AUGGAACGAAGGAGGGGAGAUGACGUAGGCAUAAAAAAUGGGAAUAUAAAUUUAGGGAGUGGGAACGAAAUAGAGGUUGGGGAUGAUAAUUUGAUGUGCCCGCAAGCUGAGGAUAGUGACGAUGCAGAGUUGGAUGAUGAUUGUUUUCAUCAAUUUCUUGAUGUUGAUGUUGAGAAUGUAGGUCAAGGAAGUAGGGGUUCUAAUCAUUUGGCCGAAUUUGAAUCUGUGCAUUCAGAGGCUGUUACUACUUCUGAGUUACCGAAUGAGAACACGCUGGCUAUGCUUUCCGAUCUAGAAGAUGAUGAGUUGUAUGAGGAGUAUGCAUGUGAUGACGAGGACAAUAAGGCAAUAACAAGGUAUGAGAAAUACAAUUCUGCUCAAAUGUGCAAGGAGUUUGAAUUUAAGUUGGGCAUGGAGUUUAAUUCAGUCCAACAGUUUCGAGAAGUGCUCAAGGAGUACUGUUUGCUACAUGGGUAUGAUGUUAAGUUUCUUAAAAAUGAUAAGGAAAGAUGCCGAGUUAGGUGCAAGAAGAAGUGUGGUUGGUUGAUACUUGUAAGCAAAGUUGGUGGCUCAAUGACUUUUCGAGUGAAAACACUUGGACCAAAGCAUACUUGUGGGGUAACAUUUAAUUCAAGGUUAGCCACAUCAAAGUGGGUUUCAAACAAGAUAGUAGAUCAUAUGAGGAUGAAUAAGAAUUUGAAGCCAGGAGAUGUGGUUUCAAUAGUAAAACAAAAUUAUAUGGUGCAACCUUCAAUAAACAAGGCAUUUUGGGCUAGGAAGAUUGCAAAGAAAACAAUAGAGGGAGAUCACAAAGAAGAGUACAACAAGUUAGUAAACUUUUGUAAUGAAGUCAAGAAGAGAAAUCCGCAAUCUACAUUUGCUCUUGUCACUGAUACUACUUAUUAUGUAGAUCGGCCACGUGUGUUUAAGAGAUUGGGAGAAGACACCAGAAAAGGCUUCACAGACCAUUUGCAUGCUGCUCUAAAACAAAAGGGUAUCAUAACUUUCUUAGAUGAUGGGCUCAACAGAGGAGAGGUUAUCUCUGAUCAACUCCUCCAAGCAAUUGAUGAAUCUCUCAUCUCUCUUGUUGUUCUCUCUCAAAGUUAUGCUUCUUCCAGUUGGUGUUUGGAUGAACUUGAAAGGAUACUUCAAUCUAAAAAAACUUUGGGCAGAGAAGUUAUCCCAAUAUUUUAUGACAUUCAUCCAUCUGAUGUGCGUCAUCAAAGAGGUACCUUUGGUUGUGCCCUUCAAAACCAUGGUGAGAGAUUUGCUAGAAAGAAGCUGCGAAGAUGGAGGGAUGCCUUAAAAGAAGUUGCAAAUAUAUCUGGCUAUGACUCUACAGAUCGGCAUGAAGCAAAACUCAUUGAAGAAAUUAUAGCAGAAGUAUGGGCAAAGUUACAACCUAAAUUACUAUGUUGUUACAGCUAUGACCUCGUUGGCAUUGAAUCAAGAGUAGAAGAAGUGAAUUCACUUUUAAAGCUUGGAUUUUGUGAUGUUCGCUUAAUAGGAAUAUGGGGCAUGCCUGGUAUUGGAAAGACAACUCUUGCAAGAAUUGUCUAUGAGAGAAUUUUUCACCAAUUUGACCUCAGUUGUUUUCUUGCUGAUGUGAAAGAAAGCUCUGAAGCCAAGGGUUUGGUUUCUUUGCAAAGAAAACUUUUCUACAAACUCAAGAUAAAAGGCAUGGAAGUUGAUGAUACAUAUGAUGGGAAGAAUAUAAUAAGAAACAUGCUAUGCAACAAAAAGGUUCUUGUUGUCUUGGAUGAUGUAAGUGAAAUAAACCAACUAGAGAACCUCUGUAUAAAGCAAGCUUGGCUGGGUCCUGGGAGUAGAGUAAUUGUGACGACUAAAAAUAUGCAUGUGUUGGUAGAGCAUGGAGAAUUUGAAAUUUAUGAGGCUGAAUUGUUAAACGAUGAUGAAUCUCUCCAACUCUUCUGCAAGAAGGCUUUUAAAAGGGAUGAACCUAUAGAAGGUUAUUGGAAGUUGUGCAAAGACAUUAUCCACCAUGCUCAAGGCCUUCCUCUAACUCUUGAAGUGUUGGGUUCUUAUUUUUGUGGAAGAAGUGAACUUGAAUGGAAAGAAGGUUUGGAGAAAAUUAAAAAGUCUCCACCGAGCAAUAUUCUGAAGAGACUUAGAAUCAAUUAUGAUGCAUUAAGUGAUACAGAAAAGAAAAUAUUUUUAGAUGUUGCUUGUUGUUUUAAGGGAAUGAUCAAAGACCACGUGGUACAAAUAUUCGAAAUAUGUGGUGAUCUUUUUCCAACACUUGGAAUAAGAGAACUUGUUGAGAAAUGCUUGUUAAAAGAAUAUUAUAGUAAUGAUGGUGCAUGUCAUUUGGGUAUGCAUGAUAUCCUUCAAAAUUUGGGCAGAAGUAUUGUUAUUGAGGAAUCACUUAAUGAUGCUAGUAGACGUAGCAGGUUAUGGUCACUGGAAGAUAUUGAUUAUGUGAUGUCAAAAAACAAUGGUACUAAUAUGGUAGAACUUAUACAUCAUCAAUCACAUAUGCCAUAUGAAGCGAAUUGGGACCCUAAAGCGUUCUCUAUGAUGCAUAGCCUCACAAUACUCAUCAUAUUAUGUGACGUGUACCUUCCUCGAGGUCUCGAAUUUCUUCCCCGUUCGUUAAAAUUUCUCGAAUGGAAAGGUUAUCCUUUGAGAUCUUUGCCUUAUGGUGCGCAACUUGAUGAACUUGUGCUCCUUAGAAUGCAUCAUAGCAAGAUCAUGCAACUUUGGGGCUGUACACAAAUAUCAAAAAAGUUGAAGUUCAUUGAUUUAAGCUAUUCUGAAGAUUUCAUAAGAACUCCUGAUCUCAGGAUGCUACCCAACCUUGAGCAUCUGAUUCUUGAAGGUUGCGUAAAACUCACUGGAGUUCACCCAUCACUUGGACAACAUAAGAAACUUGUUCUAUUGGAUUUGAAAGAUUGCAAGAAUCUUAAAGCUCUUCCAAGUAGAAUGGGGAUGGAUUCAUUGGAGAAAUUGAUCCUUUCUGGCUGCCUCAAAGUUAAAAAGCUUCCAGAAUUUGGGGAAAAUAUGACCAGUUUGUUGGUUCUUGAUGUGGAAAAUUGCAAAAACCUUGUUUGUCUUCCAAGUUCCACUUGUUAUUUGAAAUCCCUCAAAGUUCUCAAUAUUUUAGGUUGCUCAAAAUUUUCCUCAUUACCACAAAAUAUUGAUGAAAAUAAAUGUUUAGAGGAGCUUGAUUUGAGUGGAACUGCUAUAAGGGAAAUACCUUCAUCCAUUGUCGGACUACAAGAUUUGAAGCUACUAUAUUUAAAAGGAUGUAAAAGUCUAAGUUCAAGAUCCAAUUCAUUAGUAAGCAGCUUAUUUUCCUCGAUUAAAGAGGUACUUGGGUUUUAUAAUGGAUCUUCCACAAUCUCCUCGUCUCUUUCUUACAUUUCUAGUGUAGCAACUUUGAAGGAACUGCAUUUAGAUGACUGUAACCUUAAAGUUGGAUCAAUUCCAGAUGAACUUGGUUGUUUAACAUCAUUGGAGACUCUCAGUCUAAGAAGAAAUGAUUUUGGCAAUGCAUCUACUAAUAACUGCGUACUUCCUCCUUCAUUCUCACGUCUUUCUUCAUUGAAGUAUUUAUACAUGUGUUGUUGUAAUCUCAAUGAUGGUUCAAUUCCGAAGGACCUUAAUAGCUUAUUAUCAUUGGAAAGACUUGGUCUGUUAGGAAACAAUUUUACACAUAUACCUGCUGAUUGUAUCUCUAACCUCUUGCAUCUUCAUACUCUUCAUUUGAGUCACUGCCCAAGGCUUAAGUGUUUGCCAAAUCUUCCACCAAAUUUACGACGUAUAGAUACUGUUGCAUGUCAGUCAAUGCAAUCUUUGUCAUUUCCAGAGUUGCUAUUGAAGUGCAUUGCUUUUGCAAAUGCUUCUGUGGUGGACACAAAUAACAUACGAUGUAGCAUCUGGUGGAUUCUAGGAAGUCAAAUCCCAUCAUGGUUCCACAAUCAAGACUUUCAAGUUCUUGAUAAAAUUGAUGGCUUUCAAGAUAACCAUGUUGUCCAAACCUUUGAGGAAGAAAACUCGUAUCAGAGUUUUCAUGACACUGAGAAUGGUGAUUUUGUACAAGCUGAUUCCAUUGUGUCAAUGGAAGUAAAUAUCGCUGAUUUUCAUGGUUCAAGUGGAAGUUGGGGAACUUCUCUUUGCGUUGUUCUACAAGAUAUGGGCCUUGAUGAUGCGUUUGAUCUUUACCUUAAGAUGACUUGUAAAGCUUCAGGAGAUGAAUUCUUCAAAAAAGAGAUAGGAUGGCCUGUUUCUUUUGAAGGCCAUUCCCAUCAAAUUUUGAUCAUGUUCUUGCCCUCCAUCAAUUUUGCAGAUGAUUGCAACAAGGUUGAAGUCGUAUUUUACACUACACGAAUUAUGCGCACCGACAGUGAAGCGGAAUUAGAUGUGAAAGCUGAUUACGGAGAUCAUGGCAAGCGUACAAUAAGCAAGUGUGGCUGGCGAGUGACACGCAAGGAAGAUGUAGAAGAAUGGCUCAGAACAAUCCAACAAUAUCGCAGCAGUACCAGUGAAAACAAUGAAAUCCUUUCUCAACAAUUUGUUCAUGGAAGAAAGAGAUACCGUGAGGGAGAAGAUCUGCAAGAAGAAGUCACUAUCAAUGAUGUGGAAACAGAAAUAAAUUCAACUCCUCGGAGAAAACUUAAAUUGUUUCCUUGA